AUGGAGGCGAAACCCAUGCGCGACUUGAAUCCAUCGGACAUUGACAAGAUGGUGUGCGUGCGUGGUAUGGUGACGCGAUGCACAACGAUCAUUCCUGACCUAAAACUCGCAUAUUUCAAGUGUCUGAUGUGCGGCUUCGCCCCAGAACAUAUUCAAGUCGACCGCGGUCGCGUCAACGAACCUCCGCUCAAGUGCACAGAGUGCGGCAAGCCAGGAACGAUGACCUUGAUUCACAAUCUAUGCAAAUUCACAAACAAGCAAACGGUGAAGAUGCAGGAGACACCGGAUGCGAUUCCCGAGGGUGAGACUCCGCACACUGUAUCCAUGUGCGUCUUCGAUGAUCUCGUUGAUCAGGCGAAGCCGGGUGACCGAGUUGAAGUUACUGGAGUGUAUCGUGCGGUUCCAAUUCGUCUGAGCUCUACGAAGCGCACGCUCAAGAGUGUGUACAAGACGUACCUAGACGUUUUUCAUAUAAGAAAGGACGUCGGGGCGAGGAUGCGAAACACGGCCGGACCCGAGGAUGAAGAGGCUGCAAGAAACUCAGCUGCUUCAACGAAGUCAUCCGGACCGGCGAAGAAUCAAGGUCCUGGACAGCAAAUGGAGUUCACUCCGGAGCGCAUGGCCGAGAUAGAAGAGCUCGGUCGAUCGCCGGACAUUUAUGACCGGCUCGUGGCGUCGUUGGCCCCGUCAAUUUGGGAGCUAGAAGACGUUAAAAAAGGACUGUUGUGUCAGCUCUUUGGCGCCACGAACAAGAGCUUCAGCGACAAGGCAGCGAACAAGGUCCGGGGCGACAUCAACAUUUUACUCGUCGGUGAUCCCGGGGUCGCCAAGUCUCAGCUGUUGACGUACGUUCAUCGUAUCGCGCCGCGUGGUAUGUACACCUCAGGUAGAGGCUCGUCUGCGGUUGGUCUUACAGCGUACGUCACUCGCGAUCCGGAGUCAAAAGACAUGGUGCUCGAGUCAGGAGCGCUCGUGCUUUCUGAUCGCGGCAUUUGUUGCAUUGAUGAGUUCGACAAGAUGUCUGACAGUGCUCGAUCAAUGUUGCACGAAGUGAUGGAGCAGCAGACGGUUUCCAUCGCAAAGGCUGGAAUCAUUGCGGUGUUAAAUGCACGGACUUCGGUCCUUGCGUCAGCGAACCCAGUCGGAAGUCGUUACAACCCGAACAUGUCCAUGGUGGAGAACAUUCAACUCCCGCCGACACUGUUGUCCCGUUUUGAUUUGCUCUACCUAUUGCUUGACCGUCCUAAUCCCGAGACGGAUCGCCGUCUGGCGAGACACUUAGUCAGUUUGCACUACAAGAAUCCCCCGCAGAAGAAACGGGGCGUGAUUUCUGCCGACUUGCUCACCGAGUACGUCUCGUAUGCUCGCGCCAAUGUACAACCGGUGCUCAGCGACGAAGCCUCGGAAGAGCUCGUGGAGGGAUAUGUUGAGACGCGACGCAUGGGUGGUAGUCGAAAAGUUAUUACUGCGACGCCGAGACAACUUGAGUCUCUCAUUCGUCUCUCAGAGUCUCUAGCGCGCAUGCGUUUAAGUGCGGUGGUGGAUCGUGACGACGCUAAGGAGGCGCUGCGAUUGAUGCGGGUGGCGAUGCAGCAAUCCGCCGUUGAUCCUCGCACUGGGACGAUUGAUAUGGAUAAGAUAUUGACCGGACGUAGCGCCAGCGACCGUCAGCACCGUAGGACGGUUGCGGAGGCCAUCAGGGCGUGUCUUAAUACGUCUGGGAGCGGUAGACUCCGACUGGGCGAGCUCGCGAAGGCGCUCGCGGAGAGGGACAACACGAUGGCGCUGAGCAUCCAGGAGGUUCGCGACGCCGCAAUGCUUCUUAUAGAGGAGGAAAAGUGUACCAUUCGAGGUGACCUCGUCACCUUGAUCGCCUAG